AUGGUCAGCCCCAUGUGGGAGUGGGAAGCCUCCUUGGUGCAGAUUUGGAGAAGAUGUCGAAGGGCAUCUGGUAUAUCAAGGGGCAUGGCAUUAGAAUGCAGCCUUGUCACCUUUUCUGAUGAUGUCUCGAUGUUCUUGGAGCUGGUGGGUGGUUUCCUUCAGGUGAGAGGUGAUGAUCUUACUCCUAUCGGCUGGGACUGCUUGAACCAGUUUGUGGUCGCCACGCUUGACUUUGCCACACCACAGAAUUGCUUUUGUGUCUGGGUACUUACCAUUGUGUCACACCACUCAGAUCUUGAGAAAGCAUAUGCUCGAGUGCCUAGGCAAGAAGUCUGGAGGUACAUAAGGGAAAAAGGCGUCUCGGAAAAAUAUGUGAUGAUGGUAAGUGAUAUGCAUAGAGAAGCAACAACACAGGUAAGAAGCUCAAUGGGAGCAGCAGAGAAGUUUGAGCUUAAAGCUGGUCUCCACCAAGGCUCUGCCAUGAGUCCAUAUAUUUUUGAUAUGGUAAUGGAUGUGAUAGUGGCUGGAGUGAAAGAUCAGGUGCCUUGGAGUGUACUCUUUUCAGAUGACUUCGUGUUAGUAACCGUAACCAGAGUGGAGGCAGCGGGAAAGACUGGCCCUAAUUUCGUCGGUGAGAUUGCCAACGUCACAAUUACAGAAGGACGAGACGCUGUUCUCACCUGUACUGUAGAACACCUGAGAGGCUACAAGGUAGCGUGGGUUCAAGUGGAGACCCAAACGAUCCUGACAAUACACACCUCCGUCAUCACGCGGAACCCCCGAGUGGGACUCAGCCACGAAGGCCACACUGUGUACCGACUACACCUCAAGUCGGUAACGGAGGCUGAUCGGGGGUAUUACAUGUGUCAGAUUAAUACCGAUCCGAUGAUUAAUCAGAUGGGAUUUCUGCAUGGGUUGCCACCAGACAUAGAUGACACCGCAUGGACGGGCGACCUGGUUGUUAGAGAAGGGAGUAAUGUGACCCUGGAGUGUAAAGCAAGGGGGUAUCCGCCCCCUGUGGUGACCUGGAGGAAGGAAAACUCGCAUGACCCGGCCAUGCAAUCUGAGAAGAUCCUGGAAGGCGAGUCGCUGGAGAUCCUGAAGGUGUCGCGCCUCCACAUGGGGGCGUACCUGUGCGUCGCCUCCAACGGCAUCCAGCCCUCCGUCAGCAAGAGGAUCCAGCUCAAAGUUCAGUUCCCUCCCAUGCUCUGGAUUCCCAAUCAGCUGGAAGGGGCGAGACUAGGAGAGAAGGCCGUCCUGGAAUGCAACACUGAGGCAUUUCCGAGAUCCAUCAAUUAUUGGACCAACCACAAGGGCGAGAUGAUCGCGGCUGCUGGGGUCUCCAAAUACGAGACGCAGAGCCGCGAGGAAAGCUACAAAACCUUCAUGAAGCUCGUGAUUCACAACCUCACCUACGAGGACUUCAACACUUACAAAUGCAUCGCUAAAAACAGCCUUGGAGACACCGACGGAUCCAUACGACUCUACGAGAUGGAACCCAAGUCGGGCAAAGAGCUCUCCACUCAGGAGUCCAUGACGAAGGCGCAGCUGGAGGAGGAAGGAGACCUGGACCAAAGCGGUGACUUGCUGGACGUCUCUACCGAAGACAUGGAGAAGAAUUACGCCACGGAAAGGCGGGGGAGACAGAAGGGCAAGCAUCCGUCUCAUAAGAAGACAGGGAGAGGACCGAACUCCUGGAGAAGCGGCGAGGCAGUGAACGAAGUCUUCUCCGAGGUGGACGAAGUCUUCAGAAAGAAAGACAAUAACCAGAAGAAGGAGAUGAGCCAAGGGCGUGACAUAGGAUCCUCUUACGAUCACUCCUAUAGCUUCGACGCAGCAGGAUCCUCUUCGCACAUAAGAAUCCCGCUGAUCGUUUUCUUUGUCUCCGUUUUCUUGUUACUUUGUCUGGGAGACUAUGAUGUAUUUGGGUUCGUCGCUGCAAAGACAACCCGUAAUCGAAUAGGAGUUAGUGGGACGCUCCCGUAAUACUUGUAACCUCUACAUAUACA